GGGAACACUAGCUAAGACGAUAAUACUCACAUUUCUAAUAACUUUUAAUCUAUAAACCUUUAUACCACAAUCCAAUCAUGCACUCAACGUUAAGCGAUGUGUUCAUAUCGCAUCCCAUUCAUAUUCCACUCUCAAACUUACCUGACUUCACAUCCCUCCGUCACCUCCCAGACUCCUACACAUGGACCCCCAAAGACGAUCUCUUCUUCUCCGCCUCCUCCUCCUCCGACGAAUCUCUACCGUUCAUCGACCUCUCCGAUCCUCACGUGGCCACUCGUGUGGGCCAUGCUUGUACCACGUGGGGAGCCUUCCAGAUCACAAACCACGGCGUGCCCUCACGGCUUCUCCACGACAUUGAGUUCCUCACGGGAAGCCUUUUUCGGCUUCCCGUCCACAGGAAGCUCAAGGUGGCUCGGAAAGAUGAUGGUAUCUCCGGUUACGGGGUUGCUCGUAUUGCUUCCUUCUUCAACAAGCAAAUGUGGUCCGAAGGUUUCACAGUUGUUGGCUCCCCAUUUGACGAUUUCCAUAAACUCUGGCCCAUGCAUCACCUCAAAUACUGUGAAAUUAUUCAAGAGUAUGAAGAACAUAUGCAAAAGUUGGCAGCGAAGCUGAUGUGGCUAGCAUUAGGCUCAAUUGGAGUCGACGAAAAAGACAUUGAAUGGGCCGGGACGAGUUCAGACUUUCAAGGAGCUCAAGCAGCUAUCCAACUAAACCAUUAUCCAAUAUGUCCAGAACCGGACAGAGCAAUGGGCCUCGCAGCACAUACUGACUCAACUCUCAUGACCAUACUGUACCAGAACGAUACCGCCGGUCUCCAGGUAUUCCGGGAUGACGUGGGAUGGGUCACUGUCCCACCUGUCCCUGGCUCACUUGUGGUCAACGUCGGUGACUUACUCCACAUUUUGAGCAACGGUAUAUUCCCGAGCGUGCUUCACCGAGCUAGGGUUAACCACCUCCGAUCUCGCUUCUCUAUGGCUUACCUUUGGGGACCACCUUCUGAUCUGAUGAUCUCUCCGAUUCCCAAACUCGUUGAUCCUCUCCAUUCUCCUCUUUACCCAUCUCUUACUUGGAAGCAGUACCUUGCAACCAAAGCUACUCAUUUUAAUCAGUCUCUUUCCUUUAUUAGAAACUAUCUGCCUUCAGACCAAAUCUUUUGAUGUUUACUUUUCUGCUUUCAUUAUUGUACAGCUUUCAUCUGAGUUGUAAUUAGUAUUUUACUAGAUGAUACCCACGCGUAUGCGCAUGAUGAGUUUUUAUUAUAUUAAUGUUUGUUCGAUUUUAACAUUUUGAAACACCAUAAUCUAUA